UGCAAUACCAGUUGUGUUUAGUAAUAAUUUUAGUGUAUUGCACUCAUAAUUUAUUUAAAAUUGCACUUCCGAUGCUAAAAGCAGAAGAGUCAGAUAAAGGAGUUCCUUUCUCUGAAGUUUCUAGCUACUGUGCAAUUGGGAUGCAAUACUACAAGUAUACGGGCUAUGUGCACAUGAGUAGCUGCACUAAGCAUAGGAAGCUUUGUCUCUGUAUCUUUUACAGCUAAUGAGCUGUACACCCACAAAUAUGUUAUAGUAGGAGAGACGAAGCGGGGAUUUUGGGAUUUACUCGAGCGUAGCAGUUAAACAUAUAAGGGGAAUCCUGUAUAUUGAGCUGCGUUUUAGGGCUGCCGAUCAGAAUACUACGUAAAAAUGCUUGUUAUGAAUAGUCCAGUUUGUAAGAUUGACAUUGUCAAGAUGAAGUUUUUUUUCUUGCAACAUUGUAACUCUCAUAUUUACUUAUGUACAGUAAUAAGAUAAUCGAAAUGUAGACUGUUCUAUAAAAAUGAACUCACAAUUCCCUACAAGCGAUUUUUUUACAUAGUAUCCUGAUCGGGCGCCUUAAACACGCGGACAUUUAUGGAGCGUUUCUUGUGCGGUAAAGUACUUGACUGGAUGCAAGAUUAACUGAUACGCUCGAGUAAAUUCGAAAAUCCCCGUUUCACCUAUUAAAAUUGGACUAAAAGUUUUGCUUCUAAUUAUGCUUACUAAACUGUGACAAUGAGAAGCAUGAGAACGCCUGAGACAUGUGCUGCAUUUUUUGAGGAUCAGACUAAUGAUGAUGUGGAGGCUAUACACACUACGCUCGCUUUUACGGCUAGUGUGUCUAUUCCCUUGACUGAUGACGACAAAGAUAUUGACUUACCUCCAUCUCCGGUGGCGGGUCCUAGCGGUAUCCAAAGGAUUUGCGUCGAGGAUGACUCAAUCUCCGGACAAACCGUGCAAGAUGUCUCCGUACCACGUCGUCAGCCACCCAGCGAUCGACUACAUAAUAGAGCGUUCCCACUGAACCUGGGACGAUGCGUGAAACUUAAGGUGUUGGUGGUACUGCUGUGCUGCGCGGCGGCAGCGGGGCGCGCUGCAGCAGGCGCUGUGGCGUGGCCGGCUGCCGUGGAAACGCUCAAUGCUCCUCAGCUCAACAACAUCGCCCAGUCACAGACUAAGAGCUUCACCUACUCUACUGAACAACAUAUUAACGAGGUACCGUCAUCACAUAGGUAUCCAAUACAAUCACAACUACCGAAUCAAGAUCCGGUAAGGGCGUAUGCUCCUUUGCCGGGAUUUGGGGCGUACUACCUUGUAGGGACAACUUCAUACAUUCCACAGACUAGGCUGAUUUACAACCACAUGGAACAACCACAAAUACCAGAGUCUGGCACUCCAACAGCUUCAAUUGCGUCAAGUGUACCUCGACAGCCCAGUGCUCCACAACAGCCGUACAAUCCACUUUUUCAACCUUCUUUACCAGAACAAACGACAGUUGGUGUUGAUGCAAAAGUAAUCAAGUCAGCUGAAUACACCAAUCAUCAACAGCUCCUACGUACAUCUAGCCCCGAUGGUCAACCACAAUCACUACCUUCAAACAAUUACUUGCGACGUUCACAAUUUUUUCAAUUCGCAUUUCCUCAAAUCCCCCAGUUGCACCAAGGUUUCCCGCAACUACCACUGUUUCCGCAACUUUCAUCAUUGACUUAGUUCCCUGGCGCGCAUAUACGUAUAUAUUCCUACCGUUCUGACAACAACCGCAAAACUAACUAGCAGCUCAAAAUGCUAUUGAAGAAAUUUUAAGUAACAAAAACGAAUUACUAGAAACUAUUAUUUUAUUGCCCGACUCACAGGAGUGUAAUAAAUAUCGCAAGUAUGUUUGUAUAGAAGGUAAAAGAUUUUUAUUUCGUGUCAUUGGAAUGCUGUCAAUCGGGCUUAUUGUUUUGUCUUCAACAAUUUAUCUUAUAUAUAAAAUUCUCGUGUCAGAAUUUUCGCUUCCAUACUCCUCCGAAACGGCUAGACCGA